UCGUUGUCUAAAAGUUCAGUAUCUCAGUUAACGUCGAUUAGUGAAAUGAUCGUUUUGAAGAUGAAACUUUUGUACUUUGUUGCUUCAUUGUGCACUAUUGCUUUAGCAGCUCCUAGUGAUAAUAGUUUUGUGGUCGCCUCCGAUGAAUCGGCAAAAGAAAACGAAAAGAGUACCAGUAAUGUGGCCUCAUAUCCUAUCAUUUAUGACAUGAACAUAAAGUCGAAUGUUUCAAAUCGCUUCGCUAAAACACUGGUAACUAGCAAAGUGAGAAAUGAAGAUACCAAAGCAAAAGAAGCAACAUUCACCGUAGUCUUGCCAGACAAAGCAUUCAUUUCCGAAUUUGUGAUGGAAAUUGGUGGUAAAAGUUAUAAAGCCUAUGUUAAGGAGAAGGAAGAAGCAAAAAAUAUCUAUAACCAGGUGAGUUAACGAUUUCAAUAAAUU